AUGAGUGGCAAAGGUGGCAAUGGUGGUGGUGGCAGCAAAGUUAGCGGCGGUGGCAGUAAAGGUGGUAGUGGAGGAAGUGGAGCAAAGGGCAGUGGUGGUGCAAGGCCUGGGGGAACCAUGAAGGCGCCUGGUGGUGGUGGUAGAUCAUACGUAUCAAGGGCCGGGUUUGAGAGCAACCCUCAGAUCUACUUUGCUGGUCUGCAUGCUGGCAUUUCUUGUGAUGAUUUGAGCUACGGUGUGUGCAAGGAUAGGGAUAACUACCUGAAGCAGUACGUUCUGACCAACAUUCCCUCCUGCUCGAACCUCCUCACCUCAGACAAUCUCCUCGAUAUCUUAGUCCUCGGCAAGACAAUGAGCCAACUCCAGAUCCCUUCCUUUGGCAGGAAGAAAACUGCCCCCAGGCCUGCUAUCACCCCUGCAUCAAAUUCUUCACCAGCUUCAGCAUCUUCCUCUGUUACCCUUUCUGAUACCACUCCUUCCACCGAUCCAUCCGUGACGGCUACUAACCCGGUCGCUAACACAGCGACCGCUAGUCCGAACGUUACCCCUUCUGUCAGCAAUCCUUCUGGUUCUACUAAUGCUUCCGCACGGGAAAAGGCAAGAGGAAAAAGGCACCAACCUAAUAGUGCCCUCAGCAUCGAUGAUGUUCCUUUGUCUCAGAGGGUUAGGCCCUCUGGGCCGAAUGUGAUAUCCCUAGCAAGACCUCCUCAGACUAGGCCCCCUACCCCUUCUAGGCAUGCCUCCGCUUCAGGAAUGGCGCCAUGGAACCCUCACUUCAUUCGAACAGACGGAUCAUCUGUUAAACCGACUUAA